AUGAUUUAUGUGUCAGAGACACAAUAUCACGCAAGGUUUUAUUCACAAGCUGCUACUAAUGAUAUCGAUGUGGGAUUUCUGGAGAAUCCAAUUGGUGACCGUGAAGUUGAUAAUGAACAAGGCACAGAGUCAGUCUCCACGUGCGCAACCCUCGACUUCACGUGCGCAUCCCUCGACGUCACGUGCCGAACCGUCGACGUCAGCGUGCGCAACGUCGACGUCACGCUAUUACACCCUUAUACAAUUGUAAUGAAGUUCUUGAUAAUAUUGUCGAUGAAGGAGAUGAUAAUGACGAGUGUUAUCGCCAGACAUCAACGCACCGCUUUCAUCCAGUUCCAGACAGACCGCUACUGCCCGACCCAUGGCCCCCAAUUGUACCGCCUCCAGUUAGAAGAAAGAAAGGUCGACCACGAUCAACACAUGGCAGAUCUAGAGGAGGCGGGACCGGUUGAUGAGUCCGUCCUGAUAGACAGCAUCUACAUAGGGAUAUCGCGGCGUUCAGUUCGUAGAGCAUGGCGCAAUUUGAACCAGUGGAUAUGGAUCAUCAGCGGUGCUCAGAUUUGCUACGACAGUCAGGAUUCUACGGUAUUUCUCGACUAUGGCGUCUGCAGCUCGAUCAGUCUCUAUUUGGGACUCUGGUCGAGAGAUGGCGACGGGAGCCCAGACCUUCACUUCCCGUACGGUGAGAUGACGAUUAACACUUCAGGAUGUGGCGGUUAUUUCAGGUCUUCGUGUCGAUGGAGCGCCUGUCACGGCGAUCUAACAGAUCCGAUGGAUAGAGAUUUGUCAGAGCUUUUAGGGGUUGUGCGGAUGGCAUCGAGCUGGCCAGAUUCGCUUAGAUUGGAUAUACCAGCACUUCCAUCAUAUCAUUUGAUGCUCCGGCUGGAUAGUUGCGCCACAGCGCCUGCAUAUUGUGUGUGGUUUAGCUGGGGGUCGGCAGCAUUGGCCUACCUUUAUCGCGCCUUGGGAACGACGUCAUUAAAGGACAAGGUCGAAUGCUGUUGUUUCGCGACAUUAGUACAGAUUUGGGCAUGGGACCAUCUUCAUGUCGGCCGACCUACUGGCGUUGGAGCUAUUGCCGACAUGGCUGAUUGCCCUUUGGGUUGCCGGUGGACGAAUGCCGGCGGUUUACGUUUUGGGGCCAACGUUAGGACGACUGAUAUAGAGUUCUAUAGAGAUGAGCUAGAUCAGCAGCGAGAGACACAGAUUACAUGGCGGCCGUACACAGAUGCUGUAUUAGAGGUGCUACCAGCAUUCUGUGUACAGGGCAGUGAGGUAUGGCGAUCGCGGACCACGCUGAUUUGUUUUCAUAUCGUCGAGCUUCACGUGCCCGAUCGAGUCCUUCGGCAGUUUGGUCUCCUGCAGCAUAUACCUAUUCAUGUGGAGACCAUCCGUCGCUUUACAUCUCAGGGGCGGCCAGAUGAGCAUUGGGGCCACUUUCAUGCUGCACACAUCGAGAGAUGGGGACAGCGAUUACAGUCUAUUAUUGACCAGCAUCUGAUUGUCGGUGAUGAUCCAGUACAGGCGACCUCGAUUUAUAUGGAGUGGUACUGGCAGAUCACGAGACGAUGGAUUUCUCGUCCAGUACAGCGUCCACCAUUGACUUACCAGCCUCGUGGCCAGACCGAGAGAGCUUUGGUGGACGCUAUACGACAGACACAGUAUAGCAUCAGGAGCCUAGUUCAUGAUCGACCUUCUUAUGAGGCGAUGAUUGAUGUAUUGACGGGUAUCGAUAUUGAUCUUGAUAGUGUACUGGAGUACAUUCCUACUAUACCUGUCGCCACUGAUAUCAGAGGUCGAGAUUUUGGACAUGCAUCGACAUCGGGUCAUCACCACCGUCAGACACCGACAUCUGCUGGAUCUCCAUCUCCUAGUGAUGUUGCUGAUAUACCCGCCGCCCCUGAGAGAUUUCCUACUAGGCCAUUGGACUUGGACUUGCUUUUGCCGCCGCCAGUCUCUAGAGAUCACUUUACAUUCGUCUAUUCUCGACGUCAUGCCGCGUCUUCAUCACAAGCCCGCCCAACAUCUAGACCAGCCACUAUCGAGGAGACUCAGGCGAUACCGGAGCAUCGCGAGGGCGUUAUGAUUGCGGAUCUCGAUGCGAUGGCCGAUAUCGAGGCAAUUGAUGACAUACCUAUUGCUGAUCUCGUUGUAGAGGGUGGCCGUAGACGUGGACGUGGCCGUGCACGAGGACGUGGCCGAGGACGUCGAGGGAGAGGACGAUCGAGAGGCUGAUUGUAUAUUUUUGAUUUAGAUAACUUAGACUUUGUAUAAUAUUAUAUAAUACUUAAUUUA